AUGGUGGUGAUGGGGGACUGGCCCCUGCUGCUGAACACCCGCACCACCUGUCCUUCGGCACCACUGGGCACGUCGGGGGAGGGGGCUCUAUCCUGGCUACAGGAGCGGGGGCUAGAGGAGCAGGGGCUGCCGCCCGCUGCCAGCUCGCUCCAUAGAGAGCAGUAUGCCCACACAGGGAGCUGCUGGCCGCGGUCCCGCUUCCGUGAUUCGGGGAAGACUCCCCUCGGAGGGCCAGUGAGGUGGCAAAUUGAAGACGACCCCAGGUCUCGGCUAGGGAUCCUACAUCCUUUAAUCCUGGUUUGCCCUGGCCAAUAGGGAGGUGUGUGGUGGGCCGUGGGCAGCCCGUUGGUCAUGGACCCUAUCAGCAUCUGCCGGAAGGCUCGGCGAGUGGCAGGGCGGCAGGCCGAGUUGUGCCAGGCCGAGCCGGAAGUGGUGGCGGAGCUGGCUCGGGGCGCCCGGCUCGGGGUGCGAGAGUGCCAGUUCCAGUUCCGCUUCCGUCGCUGGAACUGCUCCAGCCACAGCAAGGCCUUCGGGCGCAUCCUGCAGCAGGACAUCCGGGAGACGGCGUUCGUGUUUGCCAUCACGGCCGCUGGUGCCAGUCACGCGGUCACGCAGGCCUGCUCCACGGGCGAGCUGCUGCAGUGCGGCUGCCAGGCGCCCCGCGCGCGCGCCCCGCCUCGGCCCCCCGGCCUGCCCGGCACUCCUGGGCCCCCAGUCCCCGCAGGCUCCCCCGAAGCCAGCGCCACCUGGGAGUGGGGAGGCUGUGGCGACGACGUGGACUUCGGGGAUGAGAAGUCGAGGCUCUUUAUGGACGCGCAGCACAAGCGGGGACGCGGAGACAUCCGUGCGCUGGUGCAACUGCACAACAACGAGGCGGGCCGGCUGGCCGUGCGGAGCCACACGCGCACCGAGUGCAAAUGCCAUGGCCUGUCCGGCUCGUGCGCGCUGCGCACCUGCUGGCAGAAGCUACCCCCGUUCCGCGAGGUGGGCGCGCGGCUGCUCGAGCGCUUCCACGGCGCCUCGCGCGUCAUGGGCACCAACGACGGCAAGGCCCUGCUGCCCGCCGUGCGCACACUCAAGCCGCCCGGCCGCGCCGACCUUCUUUACGCCGCCGACUCGCCGGACUUCUGCGCUCCCAACCGACGCACUGGCUCGCCAGGCACGCGCGGCCGCGCCUGUAACAGCAGUGCCCCGGACCUCAGCGGCUGCGAUCUGCUGUGCUGCGGCCGCGGGCACCGCCAGGAGAGCGUGCAGCUGGAGGAGAACUGCCUGUGUCGCUUCCACUGGUGCUGCGUUGUACAGUGCCACCGCUGCAGCGUGCGCAAAGAGCUCAGCCUCUGCCUCUGACCCGCCGCGGCGCUCUCCAACAGGCGCCGAGACACCGCCUAUCGGAGCAUGAAAGAUCUCUGGGCUCCAGCAGGGGGCAUUACCCGCGCUCUGCCUCUCCCUGUGAUAGUCCAUCUUCCAGGCCUCUGGAGACUGUGAGACCUGGGGCUUGUGAUGCACACUGCCCACGAAGGAUCAGGGCGCUGGAGGGGCCCCUGAGAUCCGCUCUGGGGGUUCCUGGGGGAGACCCUACAGGCCCUCCCUUCCCUUG